CCCUGUUUUCAACGUAAUGUCUCUUUAAGGCGAUUCAGCUAUUUCAGGAUCAUGGCAAGUAUUUGGAGUCUGUGUGGUGUUUGUGAUAAUCGUCAGAUAACCAAAUCAUCAGUAGUCUGGUGUUCUGAAUGUAACGAAGGACUAUGUGGAGAUUUUAAGGAACAUCACAAUAAUUUCAAGGAAACAAAAAACCAUGAAACCGUGUCCAUUGCAGAAUACAAGAAGUUACCGAACGAUGUCCUGAAAAUCGCACAGAUUUGCAAAAUACAUAAUACGAAAUUCGAUCUUUUCUGUAGAAAACACGAUUGUCCAUGCUGUAAGAAAUGUGCGAAUGUUCACAGCGAGUGUAAAGGUUUAACUGACAUAAAUGAACUUAUAAAGAACGUCAAAACUUCAAAUGCCUUUUAUGAAAUUGAACAAACCAUACUUGAAGUUUUCGAGAAUAUUAAACUAAUCAGCAAUAGCCGGGAAGACAAUUAUACAUAUCUAAAAAGCAAGAAAAAAGAAAUUAGAGCAGAAAUAAAACAAAUCAGGACAAAUAUAACUCGUCACCUUGAUAAUCUUCAGGAUAAUUUGAUGAAAGAAUUAAUUGCGACGGAACAAAACGAAAGCAGCAAAUUACAGACGUUAUUGACUUCUCUGUAAAAGAAAGAAAAAGACAUCGCAAUAUACCAAGCAAACUUUUCUAAAAUAAAACAGUAUGCAUCGGAGCUUCAAACAUUUUUGUCUAUGAAAAAAAUCGAAAAAGAUAUUGCAGUCGAAGAAAAAUUUGUUCAAUCGCUUGUGAAAAAUAACACCAAGAACUACGUCAAUAUUUCAUGUCAAAUUAACAAGUCUGUACAGGACAUUACAACCAUCGUGCAGAAGUUUGGAGAAGUCAGCGUUAGUUCUGAUCCAUGCGAUGUUUCUAUUCAGAAUCAGAAGGACAGACAAGCCCAGAUUAUGGUAGCUCUGCCUACCGGGAAUAUCGAUAACCUGACCCUGACGUUACAGAAACGUAUAGAUACAGAGUUGUCAAAUAUCCGAGGUUGUUCUAUGCUACCCGAUGGUAGGAUGGUAUUCUCCUGUUAUGCCAAAGACAUAAUAAGAGUACUAAAAUCAGACGGAUCAACAGAUUUCGAAAUAGGUGAAACGUUUGAUGUUGUAUUAAUUGGUGGUGAGUCUCUUGCUGUUACAUCUAGCGAAUCAGAUAAGAUUAAUAUAAUCGACUUAAAGAACAAAAUACUGAAGAAAACAAUAAAAGUUAAUUCACACAAUGAUGAAGUAGCAUACAAAGACGGAAAAUUGAUUUAUUGUGCCAGGAAGAAAGGACUACAGAUGAUUAGUCUUAGUGAUGAAUCCGUUACCAAUGUUAUCAAUGCCAAACUUCCUCUCUAUGCACAUGAUGCAUACGUUACAACAUUCGGUGAAAAACUGUUCUACACAAACAAUAAGAGUGUGAACUGUUGUGAUUAUCAUGGUAACAUACUGUGGACGUUCUGUCAUAGAAGUUGUUUGAAGUAUCCACUCGGUAUCUCUGUAGACAAUGGUGGAAACGUGUUUGUAGUGGGAUAUCUUACCAACAAUGUGGUCGUCAUCUCUCCUGAUGGACAAAAUCACAGACAACUUUUAUCAUGUGAAGAUGGAUUGGAUAACCCUACGGUUCUGCACUAUGACCAAUCUACCAAUAAAUUAUUGGUCGCAAAUGACUACAAUGACGCGUUUGUGUAUGAAGUUGAAUUAGUAUAAUAAUUCCAAAAUGAAAUUACCUGACAAAACAAUAUCUUUUAUUUGUUUUAAAAUAUUUUUUUUUAUAUUUACUGAUCUUGAUUUGUUCUUUAAAUUGUUGCAAUUGGAAUAUGGUCUAUUAUAAUUAUUUCUAUCAUUAAAAGCCAAUGUUAGCUUGUGACAAGUGUAGAACAUCACAUUUUAACAGUAAAAUUAGGAAGAA